CUGCCGGGUAGCAAGCGGCGCAGAUCAACUCAUCCCCGCCCUGGGAUGGCGUCCCCACGGGAAUUAACCCAGAACCCCCUGAAGAAGAUCUGGAUGCCGUACAGCAAUGGGCGGCCCGCUCUGCACGCCUGCCCGCGCGGUGUUUGCAUGACCAAAUGCCCGACGCUCAUUGUCAUGGUGGGCCUACCUGCCAGGGGCAAGACCUACAUCUCUAAAAAGCUGACUCGCUACCUGAACUGGAUUGGUGUGCCUACACGGGAAUUCAACGUUGGCCAGUAUCGCCGGGACAUGGUCAAGACAUACAAAUCUUUUGAGUUUUUCCUUCCAGACAACGAAGAGGGCCUGAAAAUCAGAAAGCAGUGUGCCCUGGCAGCCCUCCGUGAUGUCCAGCGGUUUCUUAGUGACGAAGGGGGACAUGUGGCGGUUUUUGACGCAACAAAUACCACCCGAGAACGGAGAGCGACCAUCUUUAAUUUUGGAGAACAGAACGGCUACAAGACCUUUUUUGUUGAGUCCAUAUGUGUGGAUCCUGAAGUCAUAGCCGCCAACAUUGUGCAAGUGAAACUGGGCAGCCCUGACUAUGUCAACUGCGAUAGUGAUGAGGCCACAGAGGAUUUCAUGAGGCGCAUUGAGUGCUAUGAGAAUUCAUACGAGUCGCUGGACGAGGACUUGGACAGGGAUCUGUCCUACAUCAAGAUCAUGGACGUGGGGCAGAGCUACGUGGUGAACCGUGUGGCUGACCACAUCCAGAGCCGCAUCGUUUAUUACCUCAUGAACAUUCAUGUGACCCCCCGCUCCAUCUACCUCUGCCGGCAUGGGGAGAGCGAGCUCAACCUCAAGGGCCGGAUCGGUGGGGACCCAGGCCUAUCCCCCCGGGGCAGGGAGUUUGCCAAGAGUCUGGCCUGGUUCAUCAGUGAUCAGAACAUCAAGGACCUGAAGGUCUGGACAAGCCAGAUGAAGAGGACAAUCCAGACGGCCGAGGCACUGGGUGUGCCUUACGAGCAGUGGAAGGUCCUCAACGAGAUCGAUGCGGGCGUCUGUGAGGAAAUGACCUACGAGGAAAUUCAGGAUCAUUAUCCACUGGAGUUUGCCCUGCGGGACCAGGACAAGUACCGGUACCGGUACCCCAAGGGGGAGUCCUACGAGGACCUGGUCCAGCGACUCGAACCUGUCAUCAUGGAGCUGGAGAGGCAAGAGAAUGUGCUGGUCAUCUGCCAUCAGGCUGUGAUGCGCUGCCUUCUGGCCUACUUCCUUGACAAGGCAGCAGAACAGCUGCCCUACCUCAAGUGUCCGCUGCACACGGUUCUGAAGCUGACCCCUGUGGCUUACGGUUGUAAAGUGGAGUCCAUAUUCCUGAACGUGGUGGCUGUGAACACGCACCGGGACAGGCCUCAGAAUGUAGACAUCUCAAGGCCUCCGGAGGAAGCCCUUGUCACAGUCCCUGCUCACCAGUGACUGUGUCUCAUCCACUGUGACCCCUGGGCAGGCAUUGACCUCUGCAGAUGAGGUCAUUCCAGGCCUCCCGGUCUUUGUGACAGUCACGACGCAGGAAUGCCCUCAAAGCCAUGCAUGGCUGGUGGUGCCCAGAACCCCCGCCCCAGCCCAGCUGCUUCCUUGUUGACAGUCAGAGACGGGGUUGUACGUGGUGCCUGGCCUGCUGCUAAAAAUCCUUCGGCCAGGCUGCGUCUGCCCUGGGCUGGUGAGAGGUUUCCCAGCACCUGAUCCCUCUGUUGCAGCUUUUAGGUGUUCUCUCUCACUGGUCGGGCUGGCUCUGUGAAGUGUUAAACCCUAAAAUGUGAAAUGGAAAGCACUUGCUGUGAUGUUCCCACCAUGGCCAACCUGCGGGGUGGACCCGGGGACCCCUGCAGGGGCUCUGCUCUCCUCUCUGUGGCCACUUCCUGAGCCAGAGGCAAGGUCUUCAUGGGAUCUUGAGCUGCUGCUGCCUCAGGGGAGAGGGAGGGCUCUUCCCAUCCUGCCCUGCCAGGAACCGAAGGGCUUCCGCCAAGGCAGACACCUCCACUGGCCAGGCCCUUGUGUCCAUGCUGCCUCAUUUGAGGACGCUCAUGAAAGCAGUGUGCUCACUUCAGCACGUUGUCAUGUGCAGAAACAUGUAGGGAGCGGAGCACUCGUGGUCACCUCUUCCCAAUUGUGCAUACACUGGAAUACUUGGGGGAGCUGGGGGCCAAGGCUGGCCUUUCCCAACUGCUCUCAUGGUGAAACCAUGUAAAGACAGGGCGGUUGUGUGAGUUACCCUUCCCAGUACACACUCCCACAUGUUUGAGAGAAGGGCUGCUGUCCCAUCUUCCCCUCCCGGCCCUGCCCCCAGGCUGCCUCUCACCAGUUGCUGCCUGUGUCCACACAGGAGUGUACACUGGUGGCAGGGACAUGCAUUUGCUGUGAAUGAUUCAGAAGAGCUUGUUGUGGUCCUAUAAAGCCUGUCCUGGCUUUUGUGACCUCCUCCUGUGGGGCUGAGCAGAGGAAAGGCCAGAUCCCAGAGGCAGCCCCUGUCCAGGGGAGGAUUUUCCCAGCCACCUCACAGCUUUUCUUUCACGUGCGUGGUAGCCUGGUGAAAACAACCUUGGGAAGGCUGCCAUCUGUCACCCCCCUGAGUUCUUUUGGGCCCAGAGAGACAGACUGGGCAGUGAGUUCUGGUUCCAUUUUAUAGCUGAACAAACAGAUUGGCCAGCAAGUUGGGCUGGGUGAGAAAGCAUGUGAAUUUGUAGUCAGAUGCCCUGCUGUCCACAGGUGGUCUUUGGUGAAGCCAGGCCCCAGGAUCCCAAGCCUGCUUUGUACCUAGAAUCUUUCCUAGGCUGUGUCUAGCAGAGCAGCCACCUUUCCCAGCCCCCCAGGGCUUUGCAGCCUGCAGGUGCCACCUGCCCCUGAAGGAAGUCGUGUUCCUGGCCCAGCUGGUGUUCUCUCAGCUUCAUGUGCUGCAGUACCUGUGGACAGACCUGGGUGGAGAGACGUCCAGGGCAGGGCUGGGGCAGGAUUCUCCUUCUGGACUUGUCUCCCAUCAGACCCUCAAGCCCCUUAGACCAAGGCCAGAGUACCAUGCCACUGCCUUUGGGACAUGGAGACUGCAGCCUUUGCUUCUGUGUCCCCCAGAGUUUUGGUGACUUUUGGUCACCUGGGCACACUCAUUUGUUGGCCGUAGUGGGUCCCUUCAGUUAGUAGCAUGUACAUCUGGAUGUCCCUACCUCUUCAGGACCUCUGGCCAGCUGAGGCAAGAUCAGCAAGGCCUUUUCUCUCUGUGUCUGGAAGUCAGUCAGGAGCUGCUUGACCUGGAUGUGUUACAACGACUGGGAUAGGGCAGAGGGAAGUCUGGGGUCACAGCCUGGGCUGGGGCAGCCCCUCUCCCCACCUGCCCUGAGUGGUCCUUGCAUGAGCUUCAACCCACGUGGUUGGCUGCCAGGUGUUAGCCGUGACGGUCGAUGUGAGUGUUGCAGAGGUUCUGCCCUCCCUGGAAUGGAUGGUGUUGGAGCUCAGCCACACAUCACACUGUGUCCAGCAUUCUUUGCAAUAAAUCCUUUAAAUAAUAAUAGUAAUCUAAGGUUAUAUCUUGUGGCCAGCUCUGCAUUUGUGAGGUGUUCUUUCCAGCUGGCGCUGCAGACCCCCAUGUUGUGGUCUCUCCUAGGUCUGUGUUGGGAUCCUUGGUCCAGCUCCCCCCCCCCCACCCGUCUCUGGAGAGGAAACUGUCUUGCCCUGGAGUGAGCCCUGGGCCUGGCACAUAUGGGCAGGGACAGGGCCCGAGUUUUCUCUGGGCCGACCUACGGUUCUGAGCCCUCACCCCUAACAAGAGGCAGAUGUGUGGGGGUAUCCAGGGUGGAACACCAUUAAGGGGAGGAUUCUGGGGUCCCUGGAAAUGUGGGUCCCAAAUAUUGGCAUCCCUGGGGAGGGGAACCAGGGACUGGGUGGAGGAUGGAGGGGCUGCACGAGGCCGUGGGUAGGGGUGCGUUGGCUAGGUUUGUGGUGUUUUCUUUGUCACAUACUUCUAGGGUGGGGAAGAUGGUGAAAAGGGGCAGGGUUUUCCCUUUCCCAUGCCUCAGAAUUUCAUUGGACUUUCUAUGCCUCCUGCCCUCGGACUGGGCUGUUGGGAGGGCGAGUUGUAGGGGUGCUCCUCCAUGGACACAGUGGGGCUGAGCGUGCUGGGUGCCCACCUUCACCUCUCCUAGUGUGUCAGGGCAGAGGGUGGCUGUGGCUGGGCAGCUUCUGGGUGGUUCGGGGUUAUGAACAGCUAUGGCUAUGCCUUACCCAGCUGUGUCACGGUGGAUGACAGAAACCCCUGGGCUUCAUCCUGGGACUCAAAGGGAUAUCAACUAUGUCUGUCUUCCUGGUGACUGAGGUUGGGUGAGUGAGUUCCCUGGGUGGACACCUGACCUCCUUGGAGGCUUCAGCACUUUUUGAAGAAGGCGUUGAAGAUUUUUAGCAGCAAAGCAACAGCAGAAGGGAUGAAAUAUAACUAUCAGAAUUUUUCUUCCGAUCCAAUGUUCUACCACAACCUAGAAAUAGUGAUUAUAUAUUGUCAUGUUGAAGAAUUUUGUAGCAUUUUGGGUUGCUAGGAAACAAUGGCCAUCAGGUAAGAUCAGAGGACAUUUGGAUAGAAUAAAAUGUUGCAAAGAUAUAGGUUUCAGCAACAUUUGAAUUAUAGUAUAAUAAUUAUAUACCAUAUAUUAAUAAAAUAAAGUAUAAUUAUUACCUGCGAAGAAGAGUAUUGCCAUAUUUGGUUUAGACCAAUCAUUAUUCAUUCCCUGGGGCUGGGCACAUUGUUGUUUGAACAAAAGUAUUUUAUUGAAAUUGAAAAAUGGCUGGUGUCCGCCACACCCUGGUUAAUGGUCACAGGUCUCUGGGAAGGGUUGUGAGGAAAGUGCCUGCAUGAACCUGUGCGAUUUUCACAGGGCCUCCUUAAAGAGCAUCCACCCCACUUCCUCCAGGAGCCCCUGGGUUUGUAAACUGAUCUGAUCUGGAAAAUUGGUAAGAAAUCUCUCUGUUGCAGUCAGGUCUCUGUUGGGCAGACCUCCAGUUCUUUUGUUAUACACGUCAAGUAGGACUCGACCUGCCCCCAUCUUCGAUUUUGGUCUUGGGGGCCUGGUGAUCCUGCCAAAGAUCCUUCCAGGUCUGACCAUUCAGAUUACCUAUAAAUCCUACUGCAUGUCAUGGUCUCCACAUCUCUCCUCUGGCAGGUCAAUGCUGCUGCUUAGCCCUUGUCGCCCAGGGUCCUGGUAUCUACAUUGAAAUCAAGGAGCCAUUUCAACUAUAGUGGCUCCAGUCAGAAUCCCUGACCCAUGGAGAGCAGUGACUGUGGCACUUGUUAUGGGGUGAAUUGUGUUCCCCCCUGAAAUUCACACAUUGAAGACCUAACCCCCAGUACCUCAUGAUGUGACUUUAUAUGAAAAUAGGGUCCUUGCAGAUGUAAUAAGUUAAGAUGAGGUCAUACUGGAGUAUGGUGAGCCCCUAAUCCAAAAUUCCCUAGCACCUUCAGAGAGAGCCUGGACCUGGUGACACCUUGGUUUCAAGCUUCCAGCCUCCAGAACUGUGAGACAAUAAAUUUCUGUUGUUAAGCCACUCAGUGUGCGGUACUUGGUUACCGCAGCCCGAGCAAACUGAAACUUUUCAGAGAUGCUCCCCUCGGUAAUGGACUUCCAAAGGCCUUGGUGAAGGGAGUAUCUUCUGGGUCCUCUGCAGGGACUCAGGGAAAGGUGAGUUGUCCGUGAUAAAUUCAGCCCAAUAUUUAUUUGAAUGAAUGAGUGAAUCUUCUGAGGCUUUGGAGUCUCCUCUAUACCAGGGAGCUUUGGGCAUCUCAAUUGCAUUUGGUGAGACUCAGCUUUCAUUUCAGCCAACCAAAUAGACAUGGAGAACAACCCCAAUAGCUUAAGGCAGUACCUCGAAUCCAAAAUUUCUGGCAAGUGCACCUGCAUUGAUAAAUUCAGCCCAAUAUAAACUUAUUUUCUAAUCUCCUUGGUCCGGGACCUCAAUCUUUUCCCACACAUCUUCUCCAUAUUUUGGCCAACACAAAUAACAAAGUCUUAACAAUUCUUUUGCUAUAUAAGCCUUCCCUUCUGGAUUUGACUUUAAUAAGGUCUCCAGACAUGCUGGAAUCCACCUCUAGUCUAAGGCACUGGAGCUAUUAAGGAAUUGGGGAGAAGGGGUAUCAGAAGAGUUGGCUCCCCUUGCAAAGUAACUCCCUCAUGAGAUCUCAGGGGAGAACACCUUGCUUCAGUGAGCAAGGGAGGUGCAGAAGGGCUGGGGUUGGUGAUAAUCUGAUUCCUCUGAGUUUUUUCAUAUAUCUUCAUUCUGCUUAAUUCAUUAACAACACAUUAAGUGCCUACCAUGGGCUAAGCCAUGGGGAUACAGCAUAAACAUGACAGGCAAACUCCCUGCUGUCUCAGAGCUGACAUUCUCAUGGUGGGAGACACAGUAAAGAAAUAAAAGAUAUUGGGCCUGCAACAUCUCUCUGGCUACUGCUGAAACAAGAAUAGACUCUAGGGCCUGGCCUGGUGGUGUAGUGGUUAAGUUCGCACACUCUGCUUCGGCAGCCCGGAGUUCCCGGGUUUGGAUCCCGGGCAUGGACCUGCACACUUAUCAAGCCAUGCUGUGGCAGUGUCCCACAUACGAAAUAGAGGAAGAUAUUAGUUGAGGGCCAAUCUUCCUCAAGCAAUUGGCAACAGAUGUUAGCUCAGGGCCAAUCUUCCUCAAAACAAGACAAAAAAAGAAAUAAAGAUGUAGUAUAUUAGAGGGUGCUGGGACAGAGGGGAGGGCCUCAUUCAGAGGGUGACCAAAGGCCUAGAUGAAGCCAUGGAGCAUUCCACAACCAGUGCAAGGCUCUGAGGGCAGGCUGUGCCCAGAGAGUUCCAGGAACGUAGAGGAGCCUGGGGUGGCUGCAGAAGAGGGAGUGAGGAGGAAGAAAAGGUCAGAGGUCAUGGGGUGCAGAUGAUGUGGGGCCUUGGAAAUGGGGGUCCCGUGAAGGGCUUUGAGCCGAGUGAGUUGAUCUGAUGAACAUUUUUAAAGGAUCCCUCUGGCUACUGCUGAAUCAAGAAUAGACUCUAGGGCUGGCCCCGUGGCUUAGCGGAUAAGUGCGUGCGCUCUGCUACUGGCGGCCCAGGUUCGGAUCCCGGGCGUGCACCGACGCACCGCUUGUCUGGCCAUGCUGAGGCCGCGUCCCACAUACAGCAACUAGAGGGAUGUGCAGCUAUGACAUACAACUAUCUACUGGGGCUUUGGGGGGAAAAAAAAUGAGGAGGAUUGGCAAUAGAUGUUAGCUCAGAGCCGGUCUUCCUCAGCAAAAAGAGGAGGAUUACCAUGGAUGUUAGCUCAGGGCUGAUCUUCCUCACA